AACCAAAACCAAAACCACAUCGAUAUCUCCUCCCUAGACCAGGCUAGUCUCUCCUCCUCCAGUUCUAACGAUCAAAAAGGUGGAAUUUUGCGUGUCCGAAAGAAGCGAAGCAAGUAUUGAUUGAUUAUGGCAAUCGAUCCGUAACAGAGAAGGAGAAUCCAAGGUAAAAGGAAAGUCUUUGAAGGAAGUGAGAUAGAAGGGGAUAUGGUGUGAUGAAGGUGGGGAAGAAGGAGAAGAAGGAAGAGGGUGAAGAUGGCGCGAGAAGGGAGAGGAAAGUGGGGUAUUGGUUUGGGUUCUGGGCUAUGCUCCUACAAGAGAACCACUCUCGUUGUUUGCUCCGUCAACAUUGUUAUAGCCCUUUAUGUUCUUCGUUCUUUCUAUGCUUCUCUCUAUCUCUAUUCCAAUAACUUUAAUGUUGUAAAGUACUCCCCGGAGCAGAUAAAGAAAAUGGAAGAAUCAAUCCGGAUUCGGAGAGCCAGUGAACCCAUAGAGCUUCUUAAAUUGGUAAAGCAACUAAAGCACGAGCUUUCCGAAGCAAACUCAGGGGUUGAAUUGCCACAGGUGGUUAAGCAAAGGAUAACUGAUGAGGUUCUGCAGAGGCUGAGAGCCUUGAGACCAAAUGCCAAUAUGAGUGAGCAGCGAGAAGCAGUUGAAAGCUGGCGCAAGGAGAAACUUGAAGAUGCCAAAAAAUUGCUUGGAAUGGAGGGCUCAAAUUCAACACUUUUGCAAGAGGAAGCUGGGAUGCUAGUGAAAGCCUUGGAGGUUGAUUGGGCUGUUCUCUCAGAAGACAUGGGGCUUUGGAUACCUGAUGAAAUUAUUCAUCAGGAACAUGAUGAUAAACCUGAGGGUGUGGAAGAUAUUGAGGAGGAACAAAUUUUAGCUGGAAUGCCAGUUCCACCAGAAUGUCAUACUGAACUUCAUACAGAUUAUGAUGGUGCUGCUGUUAGGUGGGGCCUUACACACCAUAAAGAAAGUGCAGCCGACUGCUGCCAAGCUUGCUCAGAUCAGGCGAAACAUGCAAGGCCAGGUGAAAAGAAAUGCAAUAUAUGGGUUUACUGCCCAUUAGAGGGUGGUUGUUAUUCCCCAGAUAUUUACGAGCAUAAACAUAUGGAAUGCUGGCUGAAAGCUGCAGAAAAGCCAAGACUGAACUUUAAGGACAGAUAUUCUGAAUCAUAUAGAAGGUCCCAUCCAAAUGCUCCCGUGAUUGUUCCUUGGGUCUCUGGUGUUGUUAGUGUAUGAUCAGAUAUUGAUGCAAGAAACAAACUGUGAAUCUGCCACAUUUUAGACUCAAUUAAGAGAGAAUUGACUCUGGUUCUGCUGAAAUCUGUAUCAUCCACAGGUGGACUUCCAGUGAAGCUUGGUGUUUGCUUGUUUUACAUUUUUCCGAUUGAUUUUGGGGAAUGGGGAGAAGUGUUGUUGUUUAGAUGAUAGGGGUUCAAUUUUUUGGACCGUCGAAUGUUAAUGGCGGUCAUGGUACUGAUGAUUCCAAGCAAUGUAACUCAGUGCCUGGUUGAGGUUAUUGACAUGAAACUCUCUUUGUGGAUUAUUGAUGACGAUGGAAAAAAGGCAAAAUGUUGUGAUAGA